GAUCGCGCUAACCUUGCAGAAUUGGCUAGUGCACCGACUUGGCGCGUUCGUCUCGAUCCCUGUCAAUAUCAAGCAGACCUAGAGCGCUCUCGACACUGGCAAUCGGAAGCAAAAAGGGCCCGCCAGCUGGCUGACAGGGCCCGCCGAGAAGGUCGUCCACCAGAAGAGGUAGCUGAUUGGCAGGGCAAGGCUGCUGCUGCUGAUGCUCGAGCUAAGGGUCCAGAGGCUGAAGAUGUCUAUGAUACUUUCAAUGUGCUGGUUCGCCCGUUAAUAUUCCAUAUAAAUGCAGAUGUAUUAACUCAGCAAAAUCAAGACUUCCUUUUUAUACUAACUGUUGGAGUACCUCUCAUCUCGUUUGAAAAGACGAAUGCUGUCAUCAUCGGAAGCUAUAGGAGGAACUCUGAUUGUAGAUUUGUGCCAAUGAAUCCUCGACUUACCGACCUGGGACCCCAAUAA